AUGAAGUACAACCCGCGCGUGUCCUCUUCCCGGCGCAAGAGCCGAAAAGCUCACUUCACGGCGCCGUCCAGCGUCCGCCGCGUCAUCAUGAGUGCGCCGCUGUCCAGUGACCUCCGCUCCAAGUACAACGUCCGCUCGAUGCCUGUCCGCAAGGACGACGAGGUUCAGGUUGUCCGGGGAACUUACAAGGGCCGCGAGGGUAAGGUAGUGCAGGUCUACCGCAAGAAGUGGGUCAUCCACAUAGAGCGCAUCACCCGCGAGAAGGUGAACGGAUCCACCGUCAAUGUCGGCAUCAACCCCUCCAAGGUCGUCAUCAAUAAGCUCCGCCUCGACAAGGACCGCAAGUCGCUUCUCGAGCGCAAGGCCAAGGGACGCGCGGCCGCGGAUAAGGACAAAGGGACCAAAUUCACCGCUGAGGAUAUCAUGCAAACCAUCGAUUAG